GAUAUCCUAAUGAAGCUGGUGAAGUUGAAGCUGGAGUUGAUUAUAUUGCAAUGUUUAUUGGCGAAUAUUUAGACAAAUAUGUAAGAUAUAUUCAAUAUAUAGAUUUAGAUAGAUCUAAUAUUGAAAUUUAUCAAAAUAUUGUGUCAAAAUAUUAUUUUAUUAAUGAAACUCCAAAAGAA